AUGAAGGCAUUCUUUUGGAACAUAAGAUCUGUGAAUACUCAGAAGGCAUUUCAUAGAGUUCAGAUGUUGCAUAGACAUCUUAAAUUCUUUCUAAUAGCAUUCAUGGAGCCUUUUCUAGAUUCUAGACACAUUGACAAAUAUAAAAGGAGAUUGGGUAUGCAGGUGGCUGGCUUUAACUGCAAUGGUAAAAUCUGGUUUUUUGUUAAUGAUGGCAUUGAGGUGGAAGUAUUGAUGAACUCGAUCGGCGUUACUCUCAAGCUUACUUUCCUAGACAAAGCAAAAUGGGGAGAUUUCAAUGUCAUUUUACAUGAAGAAGAGAUGAUAGGUGGUUUUCCUGUUCACCAAACUGAGGUUGAGGAUUUUGCAUUUUGCAAAAACUCUUGUGACCUACAGGAUAUUGACUUUAGGGGCAGUCCUUUCACUUGGUGGAAUGGUAGAGCUGUGGAAGAUUGCAUAUUCAAAAGAUUGGACAGGAUCUUAGUCAAUAAUCAGUUGCAAGAAUGGCUUGUGGAACAACAUUGGAAUACUGAAUUUGUUGGGGAUGCCUUUAUUACUUUCAAGUUGAAAAUGAAGAAAUUGAAAGCUGCUCUAUCUGUAUGGAGUAAAGAAACUUUUAGUGAUAUCUUUAAGCAAUUAACUAUUAGAGAGGAUAUUGUUAAGAUCAAAGAGCAGUUGUUUGAAGAGAAUCCCUGUGAAGUUAAUAGAAUGGUUUUGCAACAAGCUCAAGCUGAAUUCAAAAGAUAUAUGCAUUUUGAAGAAGAGUUUUGGAAACAAAAGGCUGGUGUUAAAUGGCAAUCAGAAGGAGAUAGAAAUACAAGGUUUUUUCACAGCUUGGUAAAUGGAAGAAGGAAGAGAAUGCAACUUAAUAGAAUACAGAAUGAUGAAGGUGCAUGGUUGGAAGAUAGGGAUCAGAUUUCAGCAGUAGCUAUAGACUUCUAUCAGCAACAAUUCUCUUCUGAGCAAACAUCAUCAGACUAUAGCAUCUUAGAGCACGUGCGGGAUAUUAUUGGGGCCGAUGUAUACAAUGUAGUUAAGGCUUUCUUCGAUGGUCAAACUCUUCCAAAAUCUGUCACUCAUACUAAUUUGGUUUUACUACCAAAGAAGGAAAUUAUCAACAAUUUUUCUGAUCUCAGGCCUAUCAGUUUAAGUAACUUCAUCAACAAGAUCAUUACUAAAGUUAUUCAUGACAGAUUGGAAUCUAUUUUGCCUUCCUUAAUUUCUCAAAACCAAUCUGAUUUUGUAAAAGGAAGGAAUAUUAUAGAAAAUGUGUUACUUACUCAAGCGGUUGUUGCAGAUAUUAGAAAGAGGGGAAGGCCAGCAAAUGUGGUCAUCAAACUAGACAUGGCAAAGGCAUAUGAUAGGUCUCUUGGAAUUUUUGCCUCUGCUGACCAAUGGUCACUUCAAAGGAUUAUAAAGAUUCUGUAUGAGUAUGAAGCUGUUUCUGGUCAAAAGAUUAAUGCUCAUAAGAGUGAUUUCUACAUGUAUAAGAGAAUAUCUAAUGAACUGGUGAAUGAAGUCCAGCAAAUCACAGGUUUCUCAAAAAGUGAAUUUCCUUUCACCUACCUUGGAUGCCCAGUGUUUCAUGCAAGAAAACAGAAGAUAUUCUAUAGAGAUAUGAUAAAGAAAGUUAGAGAUAAAUUGCAAGCAUAG